CAAGCUUAGAGCUUCCAUUUGCUGAAUGCUUUUACAUGUUGUCGCGCGUUACAGAUUCCCACUUUUUGUUGUUACUUCGUAUGCAAUAUAUUUGAGCUUCGCCUCUGAAACAAGUGAUGUGCGUACGUUCGCAGAACAGAUAUGAAAAUUAACAAACGUAAAUCUUCGAGCGAUCUACUUUUGUAUAUGGUCUUGAUUUUUUUUUGUAACAACCCAGAAAACUGUAUCCCCGUUCAACCAGUCGGAGACUCGUUCCGUGUUAGAAAUCAUCGUCGUAUCGCUACAGCAAGUUCUCCCGAAAUAAGCGUUGAAGUCAAAUAGUUCAGCUUGACACUAGAGCUGACGCGUGCGUGGAGC